CCGCGCCCCCAUCGUCACAACAGACGACCCACCCCCCUCAACACCACCACCUCCUCCACCACCACCACAGGCCAGCCUCCUCAAGGUUGAACCGGCCGCAAGCAUGACGACAAUGGACCUCCGUGUCGGCAACAAAUACAGAAUCGGCCGCAAGAUUGGUAGCGGCAGUUUCGGUGACAUCUAUCUCGGUACCAACAUCAUCUCUGGUGAGGAGAUUGCCAUCAAGCUCGAGAGCGUCAAGGCCAAGCACCCCCAGCUCGAAUAUGAGGCCCGCGUCUACAAGUCGCUUGCCGGCGGUGUUGGCAUUCCCUUUGUCCGCUGGUUCGGAACCGAGUGCGACUACAACGCCAUGGUCCUGGACCUGCUCGGCCCUUCCCUUGAGGACCUCUUCAACUUCUGCAACCGCAAGUUCUCCCUGAAGACUGUCCUGCUCCUUGCCGACCAGCUCAUCUCCCGCAUCGAGUACAUCCACGCCAAGUCCUUCAUCCACCGCGAUAUCAAGCCCGACAACUUCCUCAUGGGCAUUGGCAAGCGCGGCAACCAGGUCAAUGUCAUCGACUUUGGUCUGGCCAAGAAGUACCGCGAUCCCAAGACCCACUUCCACAUCCCUUACAGAGAGAACAAGAACUUGACUGGUACCGCCCGUUACGCCAGUAUCAACACUCACUUGGGUGUCGAACAAUCCCGCCGUGACGACAUGGAGUCCCUCGGCUAUGUCAUGCUUUACUUCUGCCGUGGAUCCCUUCCCUGGCAGGGUCUUAAGGCGGCCACCAAGAAGCAGAAAUACGACCGCAUCAUGGAGAAGAAGAUGACCACCCCCACCGAGGUCCUCUGCCGUGGCUUCCCCAACGAGUUCGCCAUCUACCUCAACUACACCCGCUCCCUCCGCUUCGAUGACAAGCCCGACUACUCGUACCUCCGCAAGAUCUUCCGCGAUCUCUUCGUCCGUGAAGGCUUCCAGUACGACUACGUAUUCGACUGGACCGUCUACAAGUACCAGAAGAACGCCCAGGCCAUCGCCCAGGCUGCCAACCAGGGCCAGGGCGAGGAAGACGACAAGGGCCGCGGACGCCACGUCACCACCACUGCUGCUGCCAACGCUGGCACAGCAGCUGGCACCAAGCGCGGUCCGGUCAACGCACGCCAGGAGGGCACCGGAAUGUGAGUUCGAUAUAUCUGAUCCUCGUAAGGGACCCUCUCCUUUGCGUUUGGUGUUGAGAACGCUUAGCGCGGGGGACGCCAGAUACAGAUCUUACUAACCUUCUUCUUUCUUUCAGGCAGCUUCGUUCGGCCAAUAAGCGUGGCGGGGACCAGUAUGCAUCUGGUUACUGAUUUGAUGCGGCUUUCGAUUCGUCAUCUCAACUCUUGCGUGACCGCUUCUUCUGACUCGGCUCCGCACUCACAACGAAUGGGAAAUGCGGCAUUGCCGUCCUGGCAACAUUUUGGACGGCGUCGCUCCUUGAUCAGUUCGUGGGAUCCAUUCGUCAGACACCUCAUACGGACCUAGAAAGACAUUUUACUGUCUUGCAUCUACUACGGCCAAGGGUCUCUGACGACUAUCU